GCCGUGCGCGGGGGCCGCCGCCCGCUUUCCACGCACCUGUACUGCGCAGGCCUCCCAGGCGCUCUUUUGGAGGCGGGACUCCUGAGGAAUUGAGGGUUUCGUUUUAUCUUGUGGAAUGCCGGCGUUCCAGUGUAAACGCGGAGCUUCCCUAAAGUGAGAUGCGAGAGACUUCUCUCAGUUCCCAGCAGCCCGGAACCACCGAUCGGAGCACCGAGUUUCCUGAGUCCCUCAUUUACUACCACUUCCGCCCACGGGUCUGGCAUACCCGAGGCUCUUUGGAGGAGAACGGCCCGGAAGGCACUUCCGGUUUCUGUUGCCAAGGCGCCGGCCCGGUGGGCCUAAGGAAGCGACAUUGUUGGCGGCGUCCUCUCCCCCCAUUCUGGGGGUCGAGAUGACGGGGCUCAGCUACACGGAGAUGGAGGGCUGUCGUAACCUGCUCAGCCUAUUGGACAACGACGAGAUCAUGGCCCUAUGCGACACUAUCACCAACCGUCUGGUGCAGCCUGAGGACCGUCAAGAUGCCAUUCGUGCAAUAUUAGUCUACAGUCAAAGUGUAGAAGAACUUUUGAGGCGAAGAAAAGUCCACCGAGAAAUCAUAUUUAAGUAUUUGGCAACACAGGGUGUUAUUAUACCUCCAGCUACUGAAAAACACAAUCUUAUUCAGCAUGCAAAGGAUUACUGGAAAAACCAGUUACAACCAAAAUUGAAGGAAACACCAGAGCCAGUUAAGACAGAGGACAUUAGACUCUUUGAACAGCAGGAGAAAGAAGAAAAAAAGGCCGAAAAGGUUGAUUUUCGUCGAUUAGGUGAAGAAUUCUGUCAGUGGUUCUUUGAACUUCUGAAUUCUCAGAAUCCUCUUCUGGGACCACCUCAAGAUGAGUGGGGGCCACAGCACUUCUGGCACGAUGUCAAGCUUAGGUUUUAUUACAACACAUCUGAACAAAAUGUGAUAGACUACCAUGGAGCAGAAAUUGUGAGCCUUCGUCUGCUGUCACUAGUGAAAGAGGAAUAUCUUUUCCUCAGUCCCAACUUAGAUUCCCAUGGACUAAAAUGUGCUGCUUCUCCCCACGGUCUCGUUAUGGUUGGAGUUGCUGGGACUGUCCACCGAGGAAACACUUGUUUGGGCAUUUUUGAACAAAUUUUUGGACUCAUCCGCUGCCCUUUUGUGGAGAAUACUUGGAAAAUCAAAUUUAUCAACCUGAGAAUUAUAGGAGAGAGUUCCCUUGCUCCUGGAAGAUUAAUGAAACCGGCUAUUACAUUUGAACCAAGUGACCUGGAAGCCUUUUAUAAUGUAAACACUUUAUGUGGUCCGGUGAAGUACAACUCCAUGUAAGGCAGGCAUUGGACAGUGGGAUUGGAGACCAAGAUUCAUCUAGUGGAAGUUAGGCACUGCUGAGCAAAAGAGAACUAAUUUUACCUAGCCUUGAAGCACUGAGUACAAUGCCAGUCUGAAAAAUCUUCUAUAUAGAAAUUCAUCCAAAUACUACAUCAGUAAUGUCUGAGUGAUUUCAUAUUGAGGGGUUGACAUAUUUUAGUUGAAAUGUCUUUCUUGACUACAAGCUAACAUAUUAUGUGAACACUUGCCUCUUUUCUACUUGAGUUGCAGCAAAUAUUCUGAAAAUUUCAUGCAAUUUGUCAAAUAAAUCUCACUUCAGAUGUUGUAACUAACAGUGUGCCUUAAAAACCAGUUAAUAUUUUCACUUAGUGGGUAUUCUGCUGCUAUCUGUACUUGUUCGUGUGGGGAAAAAAUUAAUAGUGUUCAAGGCUUCCCCUUUUUCAGUUACUUUUGUCUAAAUCUAGGUAAUUUUACAAAUAAGAUUAUGACAGUAUUGCUUUAAAAAGAAGUACAUAUUUUAGAGAUGUUUAAAGUCCGGUUAUUUUAGAAACUUGAAUGACAUUCUCAUACAAAAAGUACAGAAAUUUAGCUGGUGGAGAAAAAUUUAAUUUGCUUUUUAAAAUAUUUAACGAACAUUUUUCAGAGUUAUCUAUUGUCCAAGCAACAUUUUCUGAAGUAUUUUGGGUAAUAAGUGCUGUUCUUAGACUUUUUUCUUUAAGCUUUCAGCUAACAGUUUUAUAGAGCAUUUAUUAUACUGUUAAAAUUUUAUAAAAGGUAUACCCAGUUUCUAAUUUAAAUGAAUUUUUUCUCUUGAAUGAUCUUAGGUGACCAAUACCCCAAAUUAAACAUGUAUUGAGAUAUAUUCCCACAUCAUAAAAUUAUUAGAAUUUUUUUCACUUCUAAUUUGUUUUAUUGGAUUUGAGUUACAAGAUUAGAUUGCCAGAUUACACAGUUGCUUUCAAGUUUAAAUUCUCAUCACCCAGCAGCUGCUUGCUGAAUCUGAAUUUAUUUAAUAAUUUUAAUUUACAGAAAUGUCAUUUGGAAAAAAAUCAUCUGGGAAAUGUUGUGAUGAGGUACUAACUUUAACUCAAUUCAUGAUCAUCUAGGGUGACUUACAAAAUUUUGGAAACAGGAGGAAAAGACUGAUCUUUGUAAUUUUUUUUAGUGCCAUGCCUUUAUGAAGGGUACAAAUUGAUACAUCCCCAAAGAAGAACUUAAUAAAGGAGGGAAAUCCCUUUAGUCUGCUGUAAGAACAGUGCUUUGUUUAGGUUUUUUCUUCUUUAAGUUUGAAGUAUCAUUUUAACAUGUAAUUGAUAUCCUUAGUAAAGGAUAAAAUUUAAAAUUAUUCACGUUUUCUUUGUUCUAUUGCUGUCAAAUACUGUAGAAAUAAUACCAAAGGAAGAUGCUCGGGAUGGGCAGAAAUUACCUGUAGGUAUGUUCAGUAUUGAAUUUUUGAAUGUGUAAUGUUCAAGUUAGGCUGCAAUCUGUAUGUCCCUUCAGUCACCCUUUAAAAAUGUGAAAUCUUUCUGAUCUACUAAAUGAGAAUUCCCCUGGAGAAGGAAAUGGCAACUGCAGUAUUCUUGCCUGGAGCAUCCCAUGGACAGAGGAACUUGGUGGGCUACUGUUCAUGGAGUCACAAAGAAUUGGACACAAAUGAGUGACUAAGCGCAGUUGAGAAUUAGAGCUAUAUUUUAUUUCCUUUGAAUCCCCACAGCUGGCUACACAGUGGGACCUAAUGUCCAAGUGAAUGGGUGAAUGAAUGAGUAAAAGACACUUAACCUACUGUAUAAAAGACUUUUUUUGCAUCUAGAUUUUGUCUUUGGUUCUAGUCAUUAGUGGUGGUCUUGGGGUUAUAAUCUCUUGGAAUUUGAUAUGUGGAUGCACAAACUUUUAGGCCCCAAAUUAGGAUAAAAUUUUAACUUCCUGUUAAAAUUUACUGACAUAAAGGUCAGAGUAGGAUAUAAUGGAGGGCCCUAAUAUGCCUUGGAGAAGGAAAUGGCAGCCCACUCCAGUAUCCUUGCCUGGAGAAUCCCAUGGGCACAGGAGCCUGGCAGGCUACAGUCCAUGGGAUCACAAGAGUUGGACUUGACUUUGUGACUAAACCACCACCACCACCAAGAUGCCUAGAAACAGUUUUGCGGAAGUGUGUACUUCUGUUCAGAGAAAGAUCUAGAGGAGUUGAAAUUUGUUCAUGACACUUAAAGCUUGGCCAGGCCUUUGAGAACAUCCAAAAGCACACUUAAUUCAUAGUAAUUCAGUGGUCAAAGCAGGGGAUACCUGGUCUGUUUACUGGAGGCUGAUUUGCUGUAGCUGACAGUGACAUGUCAGUAUCCUUUUUUGUCGUUGUUUUUGGAUGUUUUACUAGUAUCUGGAAGACCAAAAACCUUUCAUGUGUCUUACUGAAAUGUCAAAUAAUGGACAAAAGGCCCUCUCUGGUUUUAUUAAAUCAACUUGAAAAUGGCAAACACAGGAAAACAUUCUUGGGCUAUCAGAAAGGCAACAUUUUUUUGCCAAAGGAAGGCUAGUUAGUUAAGCCCAGUUAGACAGUGUAAUAGCACUCCAGAAAAGGAUUUAAAGAAUAGUGGUAUAACUAAAUAAAAAAGAUAAUCAGAAACAUUGUAUUUUAACACAAUGGCUCUUACGGCUUAAAAAGUCAUAAAAAUGAGUGAAAACCAUUUCUCAGCAGCUAUUUUCACAAAUUUAGAUGCCCCUUUUAAAAUUUGGCUUGUGGGGGACCUUUUGAAAAAAGGGAGCUGUGUUCUCUGUCUAUAAAAAUAUGUUUGCAUAUGUUGUUGUUCAGUCACUAAUUUAUGUCCAACUCUUUGCAGUCCCAUGGACUGUUACACACAGGUCCCUCUGUCCUCCGCUAUCUCCUGGAGUUUGUUCAAAUUCAUGUUCAUGGAGUCGAUGAUUCUCUAUCUCAUCCUCUGCAUACAGUAUUGUAAUUUUUGCAUAGUUCAGUGAAUUCAUGGACUUCCUUAAAGCACAUCUGUGAGUCCUGUAGGGAUCCUUAUAUUUGAUAUCCAAAUUCUGCCAUAAUUCAUUUCCUGCAGACUUAAAUUAAUUUUAGAAGAUUUUGUGCUCUUACCAAAGUCCUUAAGCUAAAAGACUAAAUCUUGCUAAGAAUAAUCUCAAGAAAGUCUGUUAGUUUAUGAUAGUUAACUUGUGAGUUUUUCAGUAAGUGUUAGAUGUUAUGAUAAAACCUACUAAAAUAGCAUCAAGUGAAACAAAUAUUAAUGCAGAAUUCAUUUUAUUUUGACAAGGUAGUUUAAUGGCCAUGCUUUGGAGAAAGUGAUAAAAUGUGUAUCUAGCCAGUUUUGAAUGCACAUAGCAGAGCUGUGGUGCUGGAAAACAAGACUUUCUACAUCUGGGUUUAUAUGCAUGUAUUUAUUGAACAUCUGCAAUCUGUCAGUCAAUGAAUCAAGCAUAAGAGAAAACAGUACAUCAAUAGAUUGAUGUACCUCAACUUAUUUUGAAUUCAUAUCUCUGGUUUUAGAUGUCUUAAGAUGAGAACUGCAUUAGGCCCUUUGCUAGAGUUGGAAGGAAAAUAUUUCUGCAUUGUCUAAGAGUGCACUAAAGCCUUUCAGCUUUACUUUUCCUAGUUGAACCUUUCCUGUAGUCUUUCAGUAAAGUGUUGAGUGAUAUUUAUUGUGAGUUAUAAUGUGCCCCACAGUAUUAAACCAGAAACUCCAGAAUUCCUUGUGUGUAGUCAUGAAAUGUUACUGGAAUCCCUGGCCUAAUCUCAUUUGCCUUUUCAGUGAGUCACUUAGUGAGGGUUCUUUGGUUGGCAGUUUUCAUCUUAAGUUUUAAAACAACUUAAAUCUCAAGUAUGAGAUUAGUUAUAUUUGAGUUAAUGAGUGUAAGGAUUGCAGGAAUAUUGCUGUUCACUGCCGACUGUGUUACUUAUCUGGUGGGAUGUUUUCUGAACAAAGUGUCAUAACCACUUAAAGCCUUUUUGCUUGAAGCAUUUCAUAAACUGGAAUUAAUCUCUUCUAUUUCUGAUCUUUUACUAUGCUAAUUGUUGUCAAGUUGUUAAAGGUACUUUUGUUUCCCUAAGUAGUUCCUGGAAUUGGUAAUUCUUCCUUAUUUCACAAUCAUUCCCACCUGUGCCUUGCACAAUGUAAAUAAUAGCUAAAUUAGGGUAUUUAUUAUAUGGCAGUUACUUUUCUGUGCAUAUGUGUGUUUUAAUUCAUUUAAUCCUGUGGACAGCUAUUGCUUAUUGGAAAAUAGGGUUGAGUAAUUUUCCGAGCUUUCAGAGCUGAUGGUAGAGUCAGAUUUUAGAGGUUGAGAGCCAGUGUGUGGUAACUACUAUACAUAGUGCCUUGUAUCUGCAGUAGGUUGUGGGUUUUGGGUUUUUGGGUGCAUUGAGAGGCAUGUGGGAUCUUAUUAAUAGUUCCCAACCAGGGAUUGAACCCCUGCUCAUUGCAGUGGUAGCAUGGGGUCUUAACCACUGGACCACCAGCGAAGUCCCUAAAGUAGUUUUUGGUGAAUCUUUUUUGACUGUCAUUUGCUGUCACAUUUUCAAAGCAAACAUGCCUUUGAAUUGUUCACCUGGAUUAGGCGGGAGUGUUAAUGCCUACUGUUUCCUCUUGUAAUCAUGUUAUACCUCUUAAGUUGCUUGUUCAGUGGUAUAAAACCACUUGGAAGAAAGAGAAUGCCCCGUGAAUUGCAGCUCGCCAGGCCUCCCUGUCCAUCACCAACUCCCGGAGUUUACCCAAACUCAUGUCCGUUAAGUUGGUGAUGCCAUCCAACCAUCUCAUCCUCUGUCGCCCUCUUCUCCUCCUGCCCCCAAUCCCUCCCAGCAUCAGGGUCUUUUCCAAUGAGUCAACUCAUUGCAUGAGGUAGCCAAAGUAUUGGCGUUUCAGCUUCAGCAUCAGUCCUUCCAAUGAACACCCAGGACUGAUCUCCUUUAGGAUGGACUGGUUGGAUCUCCUUGCAGUCCAAGGGACUCUCAAGAGUCUUCUCCAACACCACAGUUCAAAAGCAUCAGUUCUUCGGCUCUCAGUUUUCUUGACAGUCCAACUCUCACAUCCAUACAUGACCACUGGAAAAACUAUAGCCUUGACCAGAUGGACCUUUGCCUUGAGAACCAACCCCAUGAACAGUAUGAAAAGGUUUUCUGUGUUUUAGCUGCUGAAUUUAGACCCUCUUUACCUAACCCUUGACUUAUGUAAUAAUUUCUUAUUUCUUUGCUUUAAUAUUUCUUGCAUAUUUGUGACAUUAAAAUUUCCUUAAAGUACUACAGCUUUCAUCAUAUCUUCUGCAUUCAGAAAUUUCACUGGUGUUACAUUACCUACAAAAUAAAAUCCGGAUAUCACAAUCUUCUUUUUAUCACUGUCUAGCUUUGAUUCCAUUUAUUUUCACACACUGUUUGAUCCCAGCAGACAUCUGUACCUAUGUGGUCUUUGUAUUUAUGUUGUGCUUACUUAGCUCUCUGCUUUUACUGGCAAGUAUCCAAAGUUGCAGAAUUUAAUUUUUUUGUUGUUGCAGACAGUCUUAUUGUAGAAAGAAAAGGACUCUAAUAGAAAUGGAGUUUAAAAACUGAAAAUUUCUCUGUAAGUCAAACUUUAUUUUCUCUUGAGGAGUUUUGUGUACCUUGUCUUACCACGAAUAAUCUUUCCACAGCUUUUUGUAUGGCUGCUUUUUCAUCUUUGAGGAUUUGGCUUAAAUGUUUUCUCAAAAGUGGACCCUCUUUAUAAUACUGGUAUUUAUCAGAGCACUUUGUUUCAGUUUUAGCACUUUAGAUAUUAUUGUUAGUUGAAUUUCCCGUACUAAGAUUUUAAGCUGAAAGCAGGGAUUGUUUUACUUUUCCAUUGUAUUUCCAUUGCUUUGCACAGAGACAAGAUAUUCAAUAAUGUUUAUUAAAGAUUUAAGUAAGGGAACAAAUGCUAGUUUUUAUUUAGAGCCUUAUAUGUUCCUAGUUCUUUGUGUAUCUGCUGAAGACAUUGCCUAGCACAUAUAUUAGAUACUCAGUAAAUAUUUAAUGAGUAAAGCCAAAGUUAUUUUCCUGAAUAAUAUAUGAAUUCAAAUUAACAACACUGUUUGGUCAACAGAAUUAUUAAAGUCUAUGCUUUUGUAAAGAUGAAGAAACAGGCCCCAAAAGUUAAAUAAUGUGCUAAAGUUCACAUAGUUUUGUUGUAGAGACUUUUUUCCCCCCUCUGGCCUUUUAUUUUUUGGUUUAUUUUUUUUUUAAAUUACAAAGCCUAUUUUUUCUUGCACUUUAAGUCCAGUCUGACUACUGCUACUUCCUUAUUUUGAAGGAAUUUAAACUCAAUUGCUUCACAUGUAAAAGUGAACCAGAUGAUUUCUAAGGUCUGCUAUAGUUUUUUUUUUUUAAGUUACACAUGAUUUUGUGAUUGUAUACCUUCUCAGCAACUUACAAAUAUUUUAAGUGAAUUUGCAGUUCAUUGUUAAGGAAAUUAUUUUGCUUCUUCAUAAAUCAUGCUCAUUGAAAAACACUUUGCAUUCUUUGUUUUUUUCAAACAUUUUUAAGGAUGUGUGUGCAGUGUGUACUUGUGUUUACAGAGGAAAUAUACAUAAAAAGAUUACAGAUCAUACCUAAAAUAGAAAAGAAAAAAAGUAUGAAGACUUUAAAAUACUGUCCUACUUUGUAAAAUCUAUAAAUGCUUAAAUGUGAAAAAGUGGUGUUCUGUACAACUUUUUGCUUUGUUGCAUAUGGUUAAAAUAUAAAUCCAUGUCUUAGUCAAGAAAAGUGUGAAGUGGUCGACAGAAGGCCAAAUUGUAGACUGCCAAUAAUCCCCAGUAAAAAUAAAGAUGUUGAUAAUUAAGGA